GGGGGGCGGUGCGGGCGGGUACGUGCUGAUCCCUUUAAACGCCGACCGACUGGGCGAUCCCUUUAAGAAUUGGCGCCGCCGCUGCGGUUGGGUUUGAACGGGAGUCGGGCCGAGCGACGGGCGGCAGCGGCAGCGGCACCGGCACCGCCACCGCGGGACGCCGGCACCAGGGCCGAGGAUGGAGUGCUCCCUCAAUGCUCAGGGGCUGAAGACUGUGCAUGGAUCUCACAAGACCAUCAAGUUCGGACUGCACAUCGUCACCUGGAACGUGGGAACUGCCGCGCCUCCUGAUGACAUCACCGCCUUGCUACAGCUGGAGGCCCAGACGCAGGAGACAGACAUGUACGUCAUUGGCCUGCAGGAACUGAACUCAAAGGUGCCCUCGUUUCUGAUCGACAUGGUGUUCUAUGACCCCUGGACUGUCUUCAUCACCAACUUCCUGGCUCCCCUCGGCUACGUCAAGGUAUCUUCCAUCCGGAUGCAAGGUCUCCUGUUGCUCAUCUGUGUGAAGCUCCAACACCUGCCGUACAUCUGUGACCUCCAGACCAGCUAUACCCGCACCGGCCUCUUCGGCUACUGGGGGAACAAAGGGGCAGUGGCUGCCCGCCUCUCCGUCUACGGGCACUUGCUCUGCUUUCUGAACUGCCACCUGCCGGCGCACCUCCACAACAGCAGCCAGCGUAUCAGCACCUUCCAGCGGAUUCUGGCCGUGCUGAGGUUCCCCGGCCCGACCUCCCCCUCCGUCCUCGAUCACGACCUGCUCUUCUGGUUCGGAGACCUCAACUUCCGCAUCGCAGACCACGGGCUACACUUCAUCCGCGAUACAAUCGGCAAGAAACGCUUCCACCUGCUGUGGGACAAGGACCAGCUGAAUAAGGCCAAACAGGCAGAACCAGUUCUACAGGGAUUCCUCGAGGGACAACUGCUAUUCAAACCCAGCUACAAGUUCAACCUGGACUCCACAGACUAUGACACCAGUGAGAAGAGACGGAAACCGGCCUGGACUGAUCGCAUUCUCUGGAGGGUUAAAGCGGCCUGCCCGGACCGGGGGACCGGGAGCGGGGCCGGGAGCCAGCGGUCUGACGCCAGGAAGCCCAUCGCUGUCACCUUAAACAUCUACGACAGCCAGAUGCAGUAUGGAGUCAGUGACCACAAGCCCGUGUUGGCCACCUUCUCCCUGGAGUUGGAGAGGAGGAUGACUCAGCCUCUGGUGGAACUGCAGGCCGAGGGGGAGUGGGUACCCGGCAAGGACGCCAUCAUCUCCUACUGCCCGGCGCAAGACUACUCAAGCAGCUCCUGGGACUGGAUUGGACUCUUCAAGGUGGGAUUCCGAAGUCCCAGGGACUAUGUGACGUAUCUCUGGGUGAAAGAUGAUGAGCUACUGGUUAAUGAAGACAUUUAUCAGGUGUUUCUGAACGGUGAGGAUGUCCCAGAGGAUGCAGGGGACUACAUACUCUGCUACUACAGCAGCAACAUGGACUGUAUCGUCGGGGUUAGCUGCCCAUUCCAGAUCCUGCCGGAAUGUGCCGGAAGCCCUUUGGAGAUGGACGCCGGGACGGAGAUGUGCGACGCCCAGGCUCACGGUGAUUCAGAUACGUGCUGAGGUCUGCAUUUACGUACGCCCACCGUGAGAGGAGAGGGAGAGAUCCCGUACCCAAAGUGAACUGCUUUCCGUCCCUCGGGCCUCGGACCCGGUGACUCCUCCAGCGACGCACCCUGCAACUGUUCCCCUUAGAUUCUAAAUCAGAUCGGAUUGGCCAGAGUUUGGGGCCCGUCCUGAGUUCAGUGUGUGCGGAGACAAGGGGGGGGCAAAAGAUUUUCAUUAGCUGGGACUGUUGGCUGCUAAGUACACCACUCCACCCCACCCGGUACUACAGGUGUGUUUAUUAAUAUUUUUACAGGCAUUGCUGCCCAGCAGUGGGGAUAUUAAUGUGUCUUACACAUGUUUAUCAAGCUCUAGGCACCCCCCCCCCGCCCAAUCUUCUCGUCUCCUUGGACAAGGUAGCUCAGUUUCUUUGCCUCUCGUGGGACCCCUUCUCCUUGCCUCAGACAGACAGCACCUCAUCCUCUCUGCUUCCGUGAGUCUGUCUCUCCCCCUCUGCCACCCCUUCCAUAGGAGCUGUUAGUCCAGCACUUGGUCCCAGGUAGGAUCUACCCUUACCAGUCACUUUCUCUGCAAGGAAGCUCCUCGGACAGCUGACUUUCUCUGGACCCACUCUCUUAAGUCCCUGAGAGAGCCAGACCAAAGGAGAUCACCAUCCCCUUCUUCACCCUCUGGUGAUUGGGGCACAUGCCCUCUGCCUGACCCUUCAAUCCCUCCACGGGAUACCCUGACGAGUGGAUUAAUGCAGUGGGAAUAUGAACAGUGUAGGGGAGAAACCAUCAGCUGCCACUGACCGGCUCGUUCACCUGUAAACUUCCAGCAAGCCCCUCCCAUCUGGGGAUGGGAGGGACAGCCAGAGAUUGUAUCUAUAACUCGGGUUGGAAUCACCAUCGUUGGGCAAACUUCCCUCCGUGCUUCAGAGCUGCUUCAUCUGGAGUGACCCUGAUUUCUGGAUAUUAUCCAUGUGGAAAUCCAGCUCCUUCCGUCUUUGUUCGGCUGUGGCGGCCGGGGAAGGAGGAUAUUGGAUAAUAACAGAAACGGUGAGACGGUGAGAGCUUGUGGAGUUGAGGGAGGUGCAGUCUCCAGACUUGGAGAGAUGCCACUCAGCCCAUCCCAGCUGUCCCAUCCCUUAUCUGUAGGGUGACCAAUUAAAGCUCUAUGCACUUUUGAACUUCAGUUCCUCUCUGAACCAAUCACAGCUCAAGGCCAAGUUGAUCCUAAUUUUUUGAGGAUUCCCAUGCUCCAGGAUCCCUGAAUCAUCCAAGUCUCCAGGGCUUUUCCAGUCACUGGUCAAGUUCCCAGCAUCACUAGUAUUUUCAGUGUUCCCAGCAUGGAACAAUCAGAACCUAUUCCCUGAAUCCGGACCAAAUCCAGUUGGUGCUGGAAUUCCCAGGAUCUGGCAUGAAGCCGGAUAGUUUCAGGCUCGGAGAGACCCCAGUUCCCAGGGUCUGGAGUCGGGAAGUUUAACUCAUUUUAGUGAAGGUGAGACACAACAGAUUUUAAGUGUUUUACUUCAUGGACGUUUGCUUGACAAUUUGUAGAUAUUUUUAAACAGCAGCAGAUUGGCUCAGUUAUCAGCUUUAAAUAAAAAACAUGAAAGUGAUUUGGAAGUCUGUGUUU